ACGCCCCAAUCGCGACAAUAUAAACAAAGUCCAAAACAUUCCGUUGAAAACAAAAGUGCUCGCACCUUCGACGCUUCAGUUUCACAGUAGCACCCAACACGGUCGGCGGUGGCAACGGCAACAGUUGAAUCCAAUCGAGCAAAUCCAUCAUAUAAAAAUCUACGUAUAAAAAUCGAUUACACCCACAGCACUAAAAUGGGUAAACUAAUUUUGUAUGGUGUCGAGCCUAGUCCACCGGUGCGCGCUUGCAAGUUGACCCUGGCGGCACUGGGUCUUCAAUACGAAUACAAAUUAGUAAAAUUACUUGAUGGUGAACACCGAUCUGCCGAAUUUGUGCGCAAAAAUCCACAGCAUACUGUACCCAUGCUCGAAGACGAUGGCCACUACAUUUGGGACUCGCAUGCCAUUAUGGCAUAUCUCGUACGUCGAUAUGCUAAGGAUGAUUCGUUGUAUCCCAAGGACUUUUUCAAGCGUGCACUUGUCGAUCAACGACUUCACUUUGAAUCCGGUGUGGUGUUUCAGGGUUGUUUGCGUAACAUAGCAGUUCCUGUGUUCUAUAAGAAUGAAAGUGAGGUACCACGGGCAAAAAUCGAUGCCAUUUAUGAAGCUUAUGGUUUUCUCGAGGCCUUUAUUGGUGAUCAAUCGUACUUAUGCGGCGAAACAAUUACUUUAGCCGACUUCAGUAUCGUGUCCACCAUAUCCAGCUUGGUGGAAUUGGCGCCCAUCGAUCCGGCUAAAAAUCCGAAAUUGAAAACUUGGUUGGCCCAGAUGAGUCAAUUGCCCUACUAUGACCAAGCGAAUGGAUAUGGUGCUCAAAUGCUCAUCGAUACGUUCAAGGAGAAGAUUAAGAAAAUUGUAUAAGAAAUGUCAAGGCAUCAUUGUUUUCAGACGAUCUACAUGCAUGCCAGUGAUUUUAAUUGCUUUAAAAUAAAUUUUGCGAUAAGUGGAAAUAAUUUA